AUGGAAUUUUCGGGCUUGGGGGGGGGCCCAUAUCACUUGUUUCUCAAUCAAUUGGGUUCCUUGCUGGGAGGCAGAAAGUUCUCCUACUGUUUGGCCCCAUUUCAUACUGAUCCAAGCAUUGAAUGCAACAUCACCUUUCGGAAAGGUAGUGAAGUGUUGGGUGAAGGUGUGGUGUCAACGCCAUUGGUGUUACAAGACAACCUCCCAUUUUAUCACGUCACAGUAAAAGGAAUUAGUGUUGGAGGUAAGUUUUUGCCUUUUGAUUCAUCAGGGAAAGCUUCAAAAGGCAACAUGUACCUGGACUCAGGCACACCAACAACAUAUAUAUCAACAGAUUUAUAUGACCGAUUGGUGGCAGAAUUGAAGAAGCAGAUUCCAAUGAAACCCGUUGAAGAUGACCCAAAUUUCGGAACUCAGCUUUUCUAUAAAAGCAAAACCAAUCUCAGAGGACCAAUAUUGACUGUGCAUUUUGAGGGUGAUGCUGAUGUGCGGUUGACACCAACACAGACAUUCAUUCCACCAAGAGAUGGGGUUUUCUGCUUUGCAAUGACAAAUGACACUAGCGAUGGUAGUAUUUAUGGAAACUUUGCUCAGUCAAAUUUCCUGAUUGGUUUUGACCUUGAAACGAGGAUGGUUUCCUUCAAGCCAAGUGAUUGCACAAAAGAAAAACUACCAUAA